AUGAUACCCGACGAUAAUCUCUGUGAUGUAACUAAUCUUAUACAUCCGAGCACAAUACGACAUAUUGCAAAAUAUCCGUUUGCUCACAGUGAACGUGAAGUUUAUGAAUAUUUUCGACAGUUGCAUUCAGCAUUUGUCGUGAGGGAAGUUCGAUAUUCAUUUGAUGGUAAUAUUGUUGAUAUAUUUUGCUCAUUUGAAUGUGCCAAUUAUUUCAAUCAGGAAUAUUUUGUGUCAAAUCUUGUAAAUUUACAAUUUAAUGCAAUCCAUAUCAUGUUCAAGGAUAUAAAUGUGCUACAAACGUAUUGCCAAAGACGAAGGUGCAUUGUAUGUCGAAAAUACACCACUGUCUGUGACAAUCGUAAUUUAUAUGCUGAACCCACAGAGGAUUAUGUAAUUCAAGUGUUUCCAAUAAACAAUUACACCGACAAUCUACUUCGAUCAACAGUUCAUACAUAA